ACCUCUCCUCCAUCAAUCUUCUGCUCCAACCCUGCUUCGGGAAUCGUUAUUUCUGGCACUACUUCCUCUUUCUCGGCUGUUACCACCCUUCCUUUCGCCACCUCAACUGUUAUGAGCUCCACGACCUGUGCUACGCCGUCCUCUGGUGGUGUUCAUGAAUCCUCGACAAUUGCUUCUGCCUCGGCAGCUGCAUUCGGAGGGGGUUUACAAGUGGGUCUUAAUCAUCUGGUCAGUGGGUCGCGCCGUAGAAAGCCGAACAAACUGAGCCUGGUUCAGUUGAAACUACCCGCUGAGGCAGGCCUUCCUGACUGCGGGGAGGCGGAAGGAGAAGGUGAAGGUGAUACCUACGGAGCUGAUGUCCAGAAUGACGUUGCGGCCGGGCCCAAAGUGAGUGCUUGGACUGGAUCGUCAAUUACUUUGAGGAUAAAUGAACUUGGGUGUUGGCUUGCCGCUUUCUUGCUUCACAGCAGUUUGUCUUUCCUCUUUAUUCUAAGCUUAUUGCAUUGUCGCCUAUCGAUGCUUUAA